UUAGCAGUAGUGAUAGCAGAAAUUUUUCUCUGAAUAUCUUUUAAAAUAUCGGAGUGAGACCAGAAGAAAUACAUUUUUUUAGUUAGCAUUUCAAUAGUUAAAUCAUCCAACACAAUGUUGACCCUCAAGGACAGGCAAAUAAAUGCAAUCAAGCAGAUGCUGAACAUGAACCAGCCCCAAACCAAAGCACUGGCCGCGGAACCCGUUUGGAAGCUUUUGAUCUACGAUCGUGUGGGACAGGAUAUUAUUUCGCCGUUAAUUGCCAUCAGAGAGCUACGUGAAUUAGGUGUUACGCUACAUAUACAACUCCAUUCGGAUCGAGAUUCGAUUCCGGAUGUUCCGGCGAUAUACUUUUGUGCACCGACAGAGGAAAACCUUGGACGUAUUGCCCAGGACUUCCAGAACGGAUUGUACGACGUUUACCAUUUGAAUUUUAUUUCACCCAUCUCCCGGCAACGAUUGGAAGACCUGGCUGCUGCAGCACUGCAGGCCGGAUGUGUGGCAAAUAUCCACAAAGUCUACGAUCAGUACGUAAAUUUUAUUACACUGGAGGAUGAAAUGUUUGUUCUGAAGCACCAGAAUAGUGAUUCCCUGUCGUAUUACGCCAUCAACCGAGCAAAUACGCAGGAUUUUGAAAUGGAAGGUAUCAUGGACAGCAUAGUAGAUAGUUUAUUUUCGGUUUUUGUGACACUGGGUAGCGUUCCAAUUAUUCGAUGUCCGAAGAACACGGCUGCUGAAAUGGUAGCUCGAAAGUUGGAGAAAAAAUUACGAGAAAAUCUAUGGGAUGCACGCAACAAUCUAUUCCACAUGGAUGCCACCCAGACGGGAACGUUCAGUUUUCAACGGCCGUUGCUAAUCCUGAUGGAUCGAAAUGUUGACAUGGCCACUCCGCUGCAUCAUACGUGGACAUACCAAGCGUUGGCGCACGAUGUCCUGGAACUUUCCCUGAAUCGGGUGAUUGUGGAGGAUGAUAACGAAAAAGCAGCUUCGACGGGGGCAAAGUCCAAAAUGAAGGCUUGCGAUUUGGACUCGAGGGACAAGUUCUGGAGUUCGCAUAAGGGAAGUCCAUUCCCAACUGUAGCUGAAGCUAUCCAGGAAGAGCUGGAACAGUAUCGUUCAUCGGAGGAUGAAAUCAAGAAGCUGAAAUCAACGAUGGGAAUUGACGGAGAGUCGGAUGUAGCUUUUUCGAUGGUGAAUGACAACACGGCCAAGCUGACGAGUGCAGUCAAUUCCCUGCCUCAGUUGAUGGAGAAGAAACGGCUGAUCGAUAUGCACACGAAGAUAGCAACGGCGGUUCUGAAUUUUAUCAAGGCCCGAAGGUUGGAUUCGUACUUCGAAUUCGAAGAGAAGAUUAUGUCCAAACAAGCGCUGGAUCGACCGCUCGUUGAUUUGAUGAGGGAUCCGGAAUUCGGUACACCGGAUGACAAGAUGCGGCUGUUCAUCAUCUACUACAUCUGUACGAAUAUGCCCGAAUCGGAGUAUCAGAAGCUGGAACAGGUGCUGAAGGAAUGCGGCUGCGAUUUGGCUCCGAUGCCGUAUCUGCAGCGGUGGAAGAGCAUAAUGAAGAGCACAGUGACAAACCCGAACCAAUACGAGGGAAGUGGAACGAAGACAGUUUCGAUGUUCUCCAAGUUGGUCACUCAAGGGUCGUCCUUUGUGAUGGAAGGCGUUAAAAAUUUGGUAGUCAAAAGACAUAACCUUCCCGUCACGAAAAUCACCGAACAGCUGAUGGAGUGCCGAGCCGGUGGAGAGGUGGACGACUAUCUGUAUUUAGAUCCCAAGCUACUCAAGGGAGGUGACAUUGUCCCGAAAAAUCGCGCUCCAUUCCAAGAAGCCAUUGUAUUCAUGGUCGGCGGUGGCAACUACAUCGAGUAUCAGAAUUUGGUAGAUUUUAUCAAAACGAAACAAACAGCCAACAGCAAUCGCAGGAUAAUCUACGGUGCAUCUACGUUGACCAAUGCGAAGCAAUUUUUGAAGCAGUUAUCCCUUCUGGGACAGGAAAUAGGCGGGACAUAACCGAACCAUACGGGUGGUUGAGGAGGAGUGGGGAAAUUACUCUAUUGCGACAGUUACAUUUGUUAGCCUGUUUUUGUAGCUAAGAAUAAUUAGAAUAUGCAAUAAAUAUCACGCUAUCCUGCUAUAUAAUAUUGAA